AUGUCAGGACUGCCGGACAUCAACGACCCAACAGCCAUAGCAGUUUGGAAUAGAGCUGCUGCGCGUCUCGUGCGGGAGACGUUGGAGAGAAUCAUGACUUCGUCUGCGUCGACUGCUACACCCAUGAAGCAUGCCUUCGAGAGGCGUGUUCAGGACGUCAAGUCGCCCAAAAGCGACAUCAACGCCCUGAUCCUCGAUUACUUGACAAUGGAAGGCUAUCCUAACGCUGCCGCAAAAUUCAGCAAGGAAGCCAACCUCCAACCCCACCAAGUCGACGAGACGAUCAAGGUCCGCCAGCAGAUUCAAAAGUCCAUUCAUACUGGAAGCAUUCAGUACGCCAUUGAGGCUCUGAAUGACUUUGACUCAGAGAUUCUGGACCGCGAUCCAACCUUGCACUUCGCGCUGCUUCGCCUCCAACUUGUGGAGCUCAUUCGGGCGUGCACAAACACACCUGGCGGGGAUAUCACUCCUGCCUUGUCAUUCGCCACGAACCAUCUUGGACCGCGUGCACCAACCGACUCACGCUUCCUCAAAGACCUGGAAGAGACGAUGGCGCUGUUGGUGUUCCCGCACAACGAUCUCGAGCCGCAGUUGGCAGCCAUUUUGCAUCCAGACCUGAGACGGGAUGUUGCAGAUGAUGUCAACAAGGCCAUCUUGCAGCGUCAAUCGGAGCGUAGGGAAGCCGCGAUCCGACAGCUGGUCAAGAUGAGGGCUUGGGCUGAGUCUGCUGCGAGAGCGGAGAAGAAGCCCCUCCCUGAGAGAAUUGGUCUCGGCUUGAAUGGAGACGAGAGUGACGGGCACGACCCAAUGAUGCUCUCGUAG